UAACUUAAAUGCUUUUUCUCCGCUACUUUGAACUUGGUGCUAAACAUUUGACGAGCUCAGGUUUCGAGAAGGAAACUUAUUAAAUAUGAAGUCUAAUGUUCAUUCACGUCAAAGUUUUGAAAAACUGAAGUGAGAGGUUCAUUUCAUAAUAAAUUCUGCUGCGUGACAAGGAGAGUAAAUUCAAAGGCUUAUCCAUCUAUUUCUUUCAGAAAUUUGACAAUAUUAGAGGACUUAUUUCAGAAAUUUAAUAACACUACAGAGAAUAUAUUUCAGAAAUUUGGCAAUACAAGAGAAAAGAUGAUCAGAUACACACAGGGGUAUCCAUACUUACAUCAUAAUCCUGGCAUAAUGGGAGGAGGCGGAAUUGUAAACAUAAAUGCUGACAUUUGUCUCAACUUUUCCAGCGGGAAUAACUUUUACAUAGGACAGACGAUAGCUGGGCGAAACACCAGAGGGGAUAGAAAAAAUCCCUUUGCCAGUUUAGCCUACCAGAAAUACGAUGAGAUCUUGGCCAAGUGCAAAGCAGAAGGCUUACUGUUUGAAGAUCCCGAGUUCGAAGCUGUCAACACAUCCAUUUCCUUCAGUGGUGCUCCUCAACGGCAAUAUGAAUGGAAGCGACCUAGAGAAAUCUGUUUCAACCCACAAUGGAUCUCUCAAGGUGCCAGUAGGUUUGAUGUCUGUCAAGGGGAAUUAGGUGACUGCUGGCUCCUGGCUGCUGUUGCCUCUCUUACAUGCAACCCAAAGUUGUUUGAAAAUGUGGUGGACUCUCGACAAUCUUUUACAGAAAACUAUUGUGGUCUUUUCAAGUUUAAAUUUUGGCAUCAAGGUGAAUGGCAGGAAGUGGUUGUGGAUGACAGGUUGCCAACUUUCAGAAACCAAUUGGUAUUCAUGCACUCUAAAGAUACAAAUGAAUUCUGGAGUGCUCUUUUGGAGAAAGCCUAUGCCAAGUUGAUGGGCUCCUAUGAAUCUCUGAAAGGUGGACUUGCUAUUGAGGCUAUGGAAGACUUCACUGGUGGUGUGACUGAAAUGUUUGAAAUACAGAAGGCCCCACCUAACCUUCUCAACAUCAUGUUGAAAGCUUAUGAGCGCAACUCCCUCAUGGGCUGCUCUAUAGAUGCUGAUCCAGGGAGAGUUGAAGCUGAACUAGCGAAUGGUCUGAUCAUGGGGCAUGCUUACAGUGUUACUAGUGUUGUACUGGUUGACAUCCAGACUGCCAGUGGGAAAUAUAAAAUACCUCUGGUGAGAGUUCGCAACCCUUGGGGCAAUGGCAAAGAAUGGAAAGGUGCUUGGUCUGAUGGGUCAAGAGAGUGGUCAUUGCUAACAGAAGAUGAAAAAAGGAAGCAUGGAAUUACAUUUUCAGAUGAUGGAGAAUUUUGGAUGUCUUUCCAAGAUUUUACUGCCAACUUUCAAAAACUUGAAAUCUGUAACUUAAGUCCAGACUGCCUAGAUAAAGAUUUGUCUAACAGGAAGAAAUGGGAAUGCUACAAGGAACAUGGUGCCUGGAUAAAUAGAGUCAAUGCUGGUGGCUGCCUACAAUAUUCAGAUACUUUUUGGACCAACCCUCAGUUCCGUAUGACAUUGACUGAUGUUGAUGAUGAUGAUAAUGAUGGUAUGUGCACAGCCAUUGUGGCUGUUUUACAGAAGGACAGGCGUAAGAAACGUAGGGAAGGGUUGGAUCUACUGACCAUUGGUUUCAACAUCUUUAAGCUUGAAAAUCCCAAUUGUGGACCUCUAGAUAUGAACUUUUUUAAAUACAAUCGAUCAUUACAGUGCUCAAAUUUUACUAACAUAAGAGAAAAAUGUUCAAGAAUUAAACUGCCUCCAGGCUCUUAUGUAAUCGUGCCUUCAACAUUUUACCCUCAUUAUGAAGGGGAGUUUUUAUUAAGAAUUUUCACUGAAAAAGCCAAUGUCUCUGGAGAGAUUGAUGAAAAGACUAGUUUCGGUGACACUGUUACUAGAAAUCUGUUGCCUGGUGUACCUAAGUUGCAGAAAUGUAAUGAGCCAACCGAUCAAGAUUCUUUUAAACAAAGCUUCAAACAUAUUGCUGGUGAGGACAUGGAAAUUGAUGCUUAUGAGCUACAGGAAUUACUCAAUAAUGUUUUCACAAAAGAAUUCCCAUUUCCUGGAUUUGGUGUUGAUACAUGCAGAAGUAUGGUGGCCAUGCAUGAUGGUGACCUAUCUGGAAAACUUGGCUAUGAUGAGUUUAAGAAUCUUUGGGAAGAUCUGACAAGAUGGAAAGGUGUGUUCAAAGAGUUUGAUAAGGACAAGAGUGGUAAUUUGUCGUCAUAUGAGCUCAGGAAUGCUCUAAAUCAUGUUGGUUUUCACAUCAGCAAUAGAACAUUCAAAUCAUUGGUCAUGCGUUAUAGCAAUAAAAUUGGCCAGAUAGACUUUGGCGAUUUUAUCAUGUGUGCCAUCAGGUUGAAGACAAUGCUCAUUUCCUUCAGAGGGCAUGAUCCACAGAACACAGGUUUUGCUCCGUAUGAUAUUGACAGUUUUAUCCAAACUACAAUGUACUCCUAAAAAACUCAAGAAUUGUGGAAUUUGUCAGAAAUAAAAAAGUAAAUAGUGGUCAGAGAUGAUUUACUACAAAAAGAAUUGAGUGUCUUUAACUUAAUUAUGUAAAUUUAUUUUUUUUAUCAAAACAAACUAUACAUUUGUUUGUGUACUUUUUUUUCACACUGAUGAUGCGCAUCUGAGCACUACUAAACACUAGUAGUACAAGACAUGUUUAGACAGGAAGAAGGACUGUUGUGGAGCCGGCUAAAAGUUAUGGGAGUCUGAACAGUCUGGUGCUGAGUCCUGUCCUGUGAGAUACUAGGAAACUUUGGGAGACCUGGAGCGACACUGGGAAGUGUGUCGGUGGUCUGUUCUAUGUUCUGGUAUGAAGUAGGACUCUUAGAACUUAAAACAUUUUACCCCCUGUGACUUUAUAGCAGACGUCCAAGUCUAACUAGUAACUAUUACUAUUUGUUGAUGCUUAUAAUAAAUAAAUACAUCGUUUACUGUUGCCGACCUGCCUGUCUUAGAGAUACAACAAUAUAUAUAUAUAUAUAUAUACCUGACUAGACCACCCGCUUUGGGACAUCUUUAAAGUUUUCAUAAAAUGUCUGGGCAGACGGCAAAUGCCCGUCUUUCAUAAAAAGUUCAUCAAUGCCAAACUUUUAUUUUUAAAAUCUUUCUUGAUCUAGUAAUCCUCAUUCAAUGUUUAAUUACUUAAUAGAUAGAUCAAUCCGCGGCCGGUAAAGGUACUUUUGUCUAUCAUAUAGUUUUUCAUAAUAACAGUUUUCAUCGAAUGUGAAGCAAUUGUUAUUGUUUCUAAAGGUGUUGCCUUUAUAUAAUGAACAAAGAAAACAAGCCGGUUAGUGAUGCCCAGUUGUUGACAGCAUUCAAGGUUGCUUUGAGCCCACAGUAAAAUGAAACUGUUUCUCUUGAGGAUACUAUUCUUUCUGCCAUCCUUAGCGGCAAAAAUUUAAAAGAAAGAAAAACAAGUUCGUCAAUGUAUAAUAUAGCACAAUUCGGGCUAUAUAAAGACCAGGUGGUUAGCUCUGAAGCCUUCGGUGGAGAGUUAAUUUAAAUUAUAUCCUGCUUUGAAAUCAUGCUUCUUUUCACAAGUGACCCACCUAAAUCUUUUGGAUUGAAACCUGUGUGCUGAAUUGUGGCUGCGUUUUGUACACAACAUCGCGCAAUACUUCAUGCAGACAUCCUGUUUAUUAAUUGAGGGACAUAAUGUCAGUGCUCAUGAAGUGUCUUUUGCCAUUGACGAAUCUGUUUGGAAAUGCAUAAAAACAGGCAUGUAAACUUGAAAAGAAUCCUCCCCCAAAGAAGUACGCAUGCGACUUACUAUUUGGAUGAGCUAAGUUGGUUAAAAAAAAGUUAGGUAGCAGCGACAAUCAUAAACUUUUACGUAAACUGUGCCUUGUAUUUCAGAGAGAGAAGCGCCCAUUGACAGGUUAACUUUUUUGGAUUGAUCGCACAUAAAGAUGAUCUAUCUUAGAAAACGUUUCAGAAAGCCAGCAAUCAUUUAAAUUAUUAUGUGUGUAGGCCUACAUGUGUGUGUACAUGUGAUGUAUUGUAAUAACGUCUAAGUUGUUGAAUGAAAUAUUGCUAAAAAAAUCAAAGCCUGAUCGACAUAUGUCCCGCUUUCGCUCCCCAAAUUUAUGGUCACCUUAAUAUAUAUAUAUAUAUAUAUAUAUAUUUUCUCAUCAUUAUUUUUGUUAUUUAUUCAUAUUUUAUUAAAACUAUGUUAGUGGUCAAGAGAUAUUUUAUAAAAAUGUAUAUCUGACUCUUAAAUGUCUAAUAAAAAAUAAAUAAUUAAAUUGAACUUAUUAAAAAUGUUAGUAAUUUUUUUUAUUGUCAUCUUGUAAGUAUUUUACGUGUAGCCUAUUAUUUGUCACAUGAACAAUAUCAUAAAACUGCUUGUGAGUGUAGCCUAUUAUUUGUCACAUGAACAAUGUCAUAAAACUGCUUGUGAGUGUAGCCUAUUAUUUGUCACAUGAACAAU